AUGGCCUCGCGCAUUGAAGCCCUGGCCACGACUAUUGCCGACUCGGCCAAGCAAUUACAAUCCCUGCUAGCCCAGCACGGAAUUGACGAGCCCUCGUUUGCAGCCACCUGCCCUCCAUCACUGGCGCUGCCCCCGCCGGUCGAGGCCGCACGCAACGCCCUCCUGCACGCCGCGUGUGAGAUCCAGGACCUGCUCCUCGACCCAGCCGAUCUCCUGCGCUCCUAUGCCACUCACGCGCAUCUCAUUGCCCUGCACUUCAUCCAGCAAUUCAACAUUGCGCAUCUGGUCCCGCCUAAUGGAACAAUCACUUUUUCAUCCCUAUCCGCGCAAUGUAACGUCCCAGAAGCCGAUGUCCGGCGCCUCCUUCGCCACGCCAUGACUAUCCGCGUCUUCGACGAGCCCGCUGAGAGUGAAGUCGCCCACACGCGUGCCAGCAUGCUGCUGCGACAGGAGGGGUUUCAUGGUUGGAUUGGCUCAACUUGCGCGAAUAGCUGGCCCGGCGCGACCAGGACUAUCGAAGCAUUAAAGCGCUUUCCAGGCUCCGAGGAGCCGAAUGAGUCGGGCUUCGCCCUGGCCAACAGGGGCCUGGCGCUUUACGACGUCCUUUCACAGUCGCCCGACCGCGCCGCCACGUUCGCCGCCAGCAAGCGCGGUUAUGCAUCAGGGGCCGCUAUGGGCACCGCGGGACUGAUUUCCUCCAUUCACCCGCUACUCUCUACCCUUCCGACAGAUAGCGUCGUCGUCGACGUUGGCGGCGCGCAGGGCGACAUCAGCUUCGCGCUGGCGGCGGCAUUCCCCCACCUGAGGUUUGUGGUGCAGGAUUUGCCGGGCGUGAUUGCUCGCGCGAAGGAGCAGCAUAUACCAUCAGCAACAGAAGCACUCGGGAAAGUGGAAUUCCAAGCGCAUGACUUCUUCACCCCUCAACCUACCAUCCGCGGCGCGCGUGUCUACUACCUCCGCCACGUCCUCCAUAACUGGGGCGACCGGCAUGCGGUGCGGAUUCUGCGGCAGUUGCGCUCGGCGCUAUGCCCCGGGGCACGUGUGCUGAUUCAUGACCAUGUCCUUGAGCCAUACCCGGCCCAGGAACCCAUGUGGAAGCGUAGACUCACUAGUAACAUGGAUGUGAAUAUGCUCCAGCUUCUCAACUCGCGCGAGAGAGACGAGGCGCAGUGGCGCGGGUUGCUGCGGGAGGCGGAUGGGCGGUUUCGGUGGCUUGGAGUCCGGCGGGCCGAGGGGAGCGCAUUGGCAGUGGUGGAGUAG